CUUCUUCAGUUUGUUUUGAGAGAGAGAGAGAGAGAGAGAGAGAGAGAGAGAGAGAGAGAGAGAGAGAGGAAACAUCACGCAUUUUGCCCCUUCUCUGCUCGUUCAAAGCAUUUUUAGAGAGAGAAACUCAAGCUUUCUCUCUCUAAAACCUCCCUCAAAAAACCUCUGAAUCUUCAGUGAGAAAGUAAAAGAGAACCGUUUUUAUCUUUCACUUUAUUCCGAGGAAUAGUAACAGUGCAGGUCUUAUUUUUUAGUGUUUUGUAUUUUAUUAUAAAUAUAUUUUUGCAACGGAAAGCGAACUGAGGAAAGAGAAGAGGGGAGGGAGGAGAACAUGGAGUUUGUGGGCAAAACCUUGAAGAAAGAGUUCAAAGGACUCGGUGUUGUAUCGGCAACCGUCCGAUCAUAUGAUUCAUCUACUGGUUUGUUCGAGAUCGUCGCCGAGGAUGGCCGUUUGGAGGAGCUUGAGUUCUCAGAGGUAGCUUCUCUCGUAAUGGAAGGACGGGAAACAGCCGCCGCCGCCGAAGGAGAGCAGCCAGUCCAAGUGAAGCCGCGGGUCGGCCGCAAGCCUAAGAAGCGUCGCCGAGUCGAGAGGAAGCGCGAAUCCCCUGGGAAUUCAGGUAAUGAAGUAGUCCAGGAAAAUAAUGGACUUGUCGUUUCCACUCAUGGAAAUUUCGGCAUGAAUGUGGACUCGAAUUAUGGUUUAGUGGAGAAUUUCGGGGGGAAUGAUCGUGUUGAUUUGAACCGUGGGUUUCAACAAACCCAAGGGAUGGAGCGUGAGCCUAGUAGCAGGGAUUUGAAUGGAAAUGUCACCAGUUUGAGAAAUGACAUUGAUUUAAAUGCUGGUUUGAAUUUGAAUUUGAAUGAUGGGGUUGAUUCCGGUGACUGGGUUAACGUAAAUGUGGAUUAUGAGGAAGGUUUUCGUAACAAGAGGAGGGACUAUAUUGAUUUGAAUUUGGACGUUAAUUGUGAUGUGGAUGAAGUUGGUGGCUCUAUUCUGGAUUGCAAGAAGGAAUAUGGGUUUGAUUUGAAUUUAGAGGUCGAAGAAGAUGUUAAUAAGGAUGAAGGCCCAGUGAAAUCAAAUUCUGCUUCACUGGUUGAAGAAAUAGGUAAGCAAGAUAGAACUUAUGUCAAAGAUGGUAUUGCUAAUGGGGAACUCAAGGAAGUUAAUGUGGCUGGAGUUUCAUGUUUAGGAUUGGAUGGAGUUCAGCUGAAGGACGGUUUAUCUGAAUCAGCCACGAAGGUAAUUGAUGGUUCUCAAUCUAACAUGGGAAACUCCGAUGAACCAGGGAAUGGGAGGAGGAAAAGAAGAAAAAUUUUGGAUAAGUCAACUGUUUUGGCUGGACAGGCAUUGAGAAGAAGUUCUCGUAGAAUGUCUUCCACAAAUCACACUGUAAGCACAAUUACAUCUUAUAUUGCUAAUGAUUUAUCAACGUCUCCUGCAGUUAGUGGUGUAACAGAGGAGAAAACGGUGAUUCCAGCUCAGGAUGGAGCUGAGGAGCCUGUUGUUCUUCCCCUUAAGCUGCAGUUGCCUCCUUCCUCAAAACAUUUAAAUUUAGAUGGAAUUCCUAUACUUGAUGUUUUCUCAAUCUAUGCUUGCUUGAGGUCAUUUAGUACUUUACUCUUUUUAAGUCCUUUUGAGUUGGAGGAUUUUGUGGCAGCACUGAGGUGCCAGUAUCCUAGCUCAUUAAUUGAUUCCAUCCAUGUUGCCCUUCUGCAAACUCUGAGAAAGGAUUUGGAGCUCCUGUCUAACGAAGGUUAUCAAUCUGCUACAGAUUGCCUGAGGAGUCUUAAUUGGGAUUUUUUGGACCCCAUUACAUGGCCUCUUUUCAUGGUUGAGUAUCUACUGAUUCAUGGUUCAGGAUUGAGAGCUGAUUUCGAUCUUGGUCGUUUGAAAAUAUUCCAAAAUGACUACUACAAACAACCUGCAGUUUUGAAGGUUGAGAUGCUUCGGUGUUUGUGUGAUGAUAUGAUUGAGGUUGAGGCCAUAAGAUCAGAGCUUAACAGAAGAUCGUUGGAGCUUGAAAUGGACUUUGAUCGGAAUGGGAACAUUGAGUAUAGCAAGAAAAGGAGAAACAUAACAUAUAUUUCUGGUUUCUCAAGUUUGACUAAUGAGGUUAUUGAUGAUGUCUCUGACUGGAAUAGUGAUGAAUGUUGCCUUUGUAAGAUGGAUGGGAACUUAUUAUGCUGUGAUGGCUGUCCUGCUGCUUAUCAUUCAAAGUGUGUAGGUGUGUCCAGUCAUCUUUUACCAGAGGGUGAUUGGUAUUGCCCUGAGUGUGCUUUUGACAGACAUAAGUCUUGGAUGAAGCCUCUUAAAUUACGAGGAGCAGAAAUUUUGGGAAUUGAUCCUCAUGGUCGGCAAUAUUUUAGCAGUUGUGGUUACUUGUUGGUGAUAGAUACAUGUGAUGUUCAAUCAUCAUUUAAUUACUACCAUAAGAAUGAUCUGAAUGGUGUUCUUGCUGUGUUAAAGACUUCUGAUGUUCUUUAUGGUGGCAUAACCAAGGCAAUUUACAGGCAGUGGGAUAUACCUGUUGGCUCAAAUAGAGCAGCCAAUACUUUGAACUCCCAUUACUCUGUUAGCACAGAUGCAAUUUUGAAGGAACAGAUUCCUGGCAUUGCCAAGACUCCAGCACCUUUGACAUCUUCAGGAGUAGGUUCAGUUAAGAAUGAGGCCGUUGAUGACGGAAAAGUUGAGGGAAAGUUUGUUCUGGGAUCUUCUGCUCAUCUUUUAUUUGGGGUCUCAAAGCCUAUGAAUCCAUCAGAUCCGGCUACUUCAACAGAAGUUCCAUACUUGAGUUCUGAAGGCUCAGCUGAAACUACGCAAGCAGGUCCUCAUGACCAUAAUUUCCUGAAACAAGCGCAUGGCACUUAUGGUAUGCCAGUUGAUUUUCUAAAUCAUUCGGAAGCUCCAAAUCUUGGAGAUUGCUUUUUGAUAUCUAGCAGCUUAGAUAUGGGACAAGGGUCAAGUUACAUCAACUGUUACAGUUUUGCUUGGAUAACCUCCUUAAUUGGAGUGGAUUUGAUGGGCAAAUCAUCAGACAAGCCAAAGCAAACGUCCAUGAAAACAGAGGAGGAAAUCAUUUCAAUACAGAUGAAGGCCAUUUUGAAACGGUCCAAAAGACUUUCUUUUCCAAAUAUCUGGAAUGAGAAUGAAGAUGCAGUGAUGGAAAAAUGUGGCUGGUGUUUUUCCUGCAAAGGUCCCGACGACCAUGCAGAUUGCUUAUUCAACAUGUGCAUGGGUCUUGUUCGGGAACUUCCUGAAAGUGAGAGGGCUGAACUUCAAUCAAAGAGGAACAAGAAGGGCCAUCUUAUAGAUGCUAUAUGCCAUAUUCUUUCCAUUGAAAGUCGUUUGCAUGGACUGUUGCUGGGUCCAUGGUUGACUCCAAACUAUUCCAAGCUUUGGCGUAAAAGUGUUGUCAAGGCAUCAAGUGUUUCGUGCUUGAAACAUUUAUUGCUCACAUUAGAGGCGAAUUUGCAUCGCCUGGCACUUUCAGCAGAGUGGUUGAAGCAUGUGGAUUCAUUUGUUACGAUGGGUUCAGCUUCUCAUGUUGUAGUUACUUCAUUGCGUGCAUCUUCAAGGAAUGGCGUUGGCAGAAAAAGAGGCAGAUUGUCUGAUUCUGAGAAUAACCAUACUUCAAAUGCUGGUGGCGGAUUAAGUAUGUGUUGGUGGAGGGGUGGCAGGCUUUCCCGUCAGCUGUUUAGUUGGAAGACUGUGCCUAGUUCCUUGGUAAGGGAACUUGAUUCCCAUAUCAAGUGGGAUGACAUUGAAAACUCACAUCCUCUCUCUGUGUUAGAUAAAGAAGCUAGAAAAUCUAUCAGGCUGUUCAAGAAGGCUAUUAUCCGGCGGAAGUGCUUAGAAGGAAAUGGGGUAAAAUACCUUCUUGAUUUUGGCAAGAGAAGAGUUAUCCCUGACAUUGUCUUAAGAAAUGGCUCCAUUAUUGAGGAAUCCUCUAGCGAAAGGAAGAAAUAUUGGUUGAGUGAAUCAUAUGUGCCCUUACAUCUGAUGAGAAGUUUUGAAGACAAAAGGGUUACCCGCAAGUCUGUUAAGAUAAGUUCUGUAAAACUUUCUGAGUCUGGUGGACCAAUGAAAAAUUUUUCUAAGAAAAGAGGGUUCUCAUAUCUUUUCUCCAGAGCCGAAAGAUCGGAGAACUAUAAGUGUGGGCACUGUAAUAGAGCUGUCCCUAUCAGGGAAGCAGUGUGUUGCCAGUACUGCGAAGGGUUUUUCCACAAAAGACAUGUCAGAAAGUCUGCUGGAGCAAUUGUUUCUGAAUGCACAUAUACAUGCCACCGAUGCGAGAAUAGAAAACUUGUGAAGAUUAGGAAAAACAUAGGGAACAGUGAUGGGAGAGGGAAAAGAGGCCGGAAAAGUUUGAAAAAUCAACCACUAAAACAGAAAAAGGUUGCUACAGCUUGUAGGUCAGUUCGGCUAAAGAACAGCAAAAAACCGCUGGUCGGAGUGCGGUCUCUGCGUCCACGAAAGAACAAAAAGGUUGCAGCAACCUUACCUUUGCGUCGUUCUGCUAGGAGAGCCCAAUACAUUUCAAAGGAAGAAAAUAUUAGGAAGCCUGAAGGACACAAAAAAAGGGGACGAAAACCCAAAAAGUUUUCUGAAAAACAAAAGAAGAGUGUCUCUUGCCAGAAGAAGAGAACGUUGGUUUAUCAUAGUUACUGGCUUAAUGGUCUCCGUUUGUCCAGAAAGCCAGAUGAUGAAAGGGUGAUAAAAUUUAGAAAAGAAAAAUAAUUUGCCCCAUCUCAGAACUCGAAUGGAUUCCGUGAUCAACCUAAAUGCUCUAUUUGUCAGGAAGCAGGAUCUUCAUCUGGCUUCAGUUACAUUUCUUGUGAAAUUUGCGGAGAGUGGUUCCAUGGAGAUGCUUAUGGACUUAAUGCAGAGAUCACGCAUAAGUUGAUUGGAUUUAGGUGCCAUGUGUGUCGUAAGAGGUCCCCUCCUGUAUGCCCUCAUUGUACUGAAGAUCAUCGAAGUUUGUCUCCAGUUGAAGAGAGUACUGAUAAGAAUGGCCUAAAAGAUGUCGUCUUAGAUAAAAACCGGGGUCUUGUGUCCCAGUUGGAGUUGGAAGUGGAAAAUGGAGAAUUACUUACUAAUGAGAAAAGGAGUGCUGACGCACUAAAAGUUUCUAACAAGGAUCUACAAUCAGAUAUAAAUCUACAGUCAGAGAUACUAACAUCUAACAAGAAUUUUAUGUUGGAGGAUAAAGUGAUUUCAUGACAUGAUGUUACAGCUGUUUCAUGUGAUGAGGCCGAGCCUCCUUCCAGCAUUAUUGAUGUAAAUGUGAUAGAUACUAAAUUGGGAUCAUUAGGAUAUAAUAAUUCAAAGGAGGAUGUAAUGAAGAUAUCAACUAUCCUAUAUUUCCCAUUGGACAGAGCCAUUUUGGAGACGGUUGAGUUGAAUCCACAAACAUGUAUGGUAUCGGGUGAAUUGUUCGGGAGAGAAUGAAAGCAAUGUAGAUUAGAUUACAACUUACAUUUGAAUUGGUGUAGCAAGACUUUGUGUAGAGAGUAGAGGUAUUUGCAAGGCUAAAUUACCUUUGUCUUUUAAUGUUAUUGAAACUCAUGUUAGAUUUCAUAGGUA